AAAGAUUCAUUAUCGAACUGCUGUCAAAAGCUUUGCAAAGAUGCCGAAUUACUUAGCAAGGUUGGACGCAUUUACGGUCGCAGUGCCACUGUUGCUGCAGACGCUGUUAGCGUAUUAGCAACACCGCAAUCUUCCCGUACAGAAAGGAUGUACGUGCAGUUUGCCCAGGACAUUAUACGGCACUCAAAUCCUGGAAUCCUGGUAUUAUGUGCGGCGAGUCUAGGAAAAUAUCGCAUUGCCCGUUUAUCUGUGGCGGACAGAGCACGUCUCGUAGUUUGGAUUAAAGAAAAUCAGGCUUUGUUGCAUUCUAAGACUCUAGACACGCUUGCUGAGCAGUACCGGAUACCCCUU